AUGGCUGUCGAACGAAUUGGCUCCAUCAUCAAGCACCUGGCCCCCGGGUCAUCGCUGAACAACAUCCAGUCCAAGAACGCCGACGACAUCGUCAUCACCUAUGCCGCUCGAACACCGCUGACCAAGGCUGGCAAGGGCGGCCUCAAGGACACCAGCCUAGAGUACAUGGUAUAUGCUCUGCUGGAGAAGGUUCGCGAGAGGAGCGGUGUUGACCCUGCUCUCGUGGAGGACAUCUGCCUCGGCAACGUGACCGAUGCCCAAGCCGCCUACAAGGUCCGAACUGCCGCCCUCGCUGCCGGCUUCCCCAACACCGCCGGUGCCAGCUCCGUCAACCGCUUCUGCUCCUCCGGUCUCAAGGCCAUUGCAGACAUUGCCCACUCCAUCUCCAAUGAUUCCAUUGCUGUGGGCAUUGCCAUGGGCGCCGAGAGCAUGUCGCACGGCCGCCCUACCGAGGAGUUUGACGAGGUCGUGUUGAAGAAGAGCCAGGAGGCCGACGACGCCGUUCAGCCCAUGGGCUGGACCAGCGAGAACGUCAGCAAGGAUUUUGGCAUUGACCGAGUCACCAUGGACAAGUACGCUGCGGAGAGUUUCCAGCGAGCCGAGAAGGCCCAGAAGGCCGGCCACUUCGACGACGAGAUUGUUCCCAUCACAACGCAGGUCAAGGACAAGAACGGCGAGCUGAAGCAGGUGACGCUGACCCAGGACGACGGCAUCCGCGCCGGCACCACCGCCGAGAGCCUGGCCAAGAUCCGAGCCGCUUUCCCCCAGUGGGGACCUACCACUACCGGCGGUAACGCCUCCCAGGUUACCGACGGUGCUGCCGCCGUGGUCCUGAUGAAGCGAUCAACCGCCAUCAAGCUGGGUCUGCCCAUCAUGGCCAAGUACGUUGGCUCCACCGUCGCCGGCGUCGCUCCCCGCAUCAUGGGCAUCGGCCCCAGCAUCGCCAUCCCCAAGCUCCUCUCCAUCUACAACAUCAACCUCAACGACAUUGACGUCGUCGAGGUCAACGAGGCCUUUGCCUCUAUGGCCGUCUACUGUCGCGACAAGCUCAGCCUGGACUGGUCCAAGAUGAACCCCAAGGGAGGCGCCAUCGCCCUGGGCCACCCUCUGGGAGCCACGGGAGCCCGACAGGUCGUGACCGGCCUGAGCGAGCUGCGGAGGACCAAGAAGAAGCUGUUGCUGACGAGCAUGUGCAUUGGUACCGGCCAGGGCAUGGCUGGUCUGUUUGUCAACGAGCAGGUGUAA